AAUGAAAGCAACCCCUAGUCAGCAAAGUUUACUUGACUCUGACGGACAAUGCAACGAUGAUCAGUCACAAUGUCAGUUGCGUAGAGAUGGUCAGGGAGAAUCCCAAGAUUCUAUUCUUGUAUAUCAGGCAGGGAAUUCGGUGAAGACGAUGGCACAUGGAGCGGGGGACGUGGCUAGCGGAGCGGCGAGAGGUGCAAUGGGGUUCGCACAGGGUGCAGCCAUGGGAGCCACCCAUCUAGCCCAAGGUGCGGCUUCUGCUGUCAGUAAUACAUUUCACAACCCACGAAACCACAAUUUGCACACCCGACUUCCCACUGAAAACCCACAAAACCCGAGAUAUUGAUUACGAUUUACGAUUGAUUAACUUCUUUGUUUCAUCGGAUCUCUUUCUUUUUCUGUGAUUCAUUUGAUUUCAUGUUGUAUCUUAUCUUCCCGACCAGAGAUCGGUGAAGACAUGCCGCUUAACGCUUGUUUCUAUGGCGUGUGUUUUGUUGGAAGUGAAAUUGGUAAAUUUGCUGAUCAAGUGUAUGUGUACCUUUAUUUGGUUUAAUAUUGAAAAAUUAAAAUCAUACAGUCAUUACUCAGUUAUAGUAAAAGA